CUCCGUUAGCUGAGUCUGAACAUCUCCGCCUGUCUGCCCGCCUGCGUGGGGCCGGGGAAGAUGCUGAAAGCUAGGGAAGCCGCAGGGACGUGCACAAGGUGAACGGGGCUGCAAAGCCGGCACCCAGCCUCCACACGGAAGCAGUAACUGAGGGGGCCUGUGUGGAAACCUGAGCCCUGGAUGUGGAGCUGGCCAUGGCCCCUGCCAGCCAGCUCUCUCUGUGGAGCCUCCUGUUGAUGCCAACCCUCCUGCCCGGUACAGCCUGCAGCGGGCAACUCUUUGACCAGCCGGAGGGCUCGGAACACAGCACUAGCCUUGGCCAGCUUUUGGUGCCAGGCCCUCGAGGAGCCCUGGCUGGGCUGUAUUCCCAGGAAGAGGACCCAGGAGAAGUCCCUGCGACAGAGCACCCCCCAGCCACGGUGGAGAAGCCACGGUGGAGGCUCAGAGACACGAAUGGACUCAGCCCAGCUGGUUCCCCUUCCUCCCAGGGCUCAGGCAAGGGCACACCGACUGCCUGGGCUCAGCAUCAGCCUGGAGCUCCAAGGAACGACUCAGACCUUCCCGCUUUAGCAUCUCCUCCACCCUCAGAAGUCGAACUCGUGCUGCAGUCAGCCAGGGUGGCUCCAGGGCAGAGUAGCAGAGUAGGGGGCAUUGGCCCAGGGACACACCAGAGGCAGUUGGGACCUGGGCUCAUCCCCGCGCCAGGGACCAUGGGACCAGUCAGCCCCACGGUUCAGAACCUGCAUGUCAGGACUCAGACUGCAGAGGCCCUGAGCUCCCAGAGGGGCACAGGGCCUCCCCGUUCAGAUAAGACUUCCGCACCAGAGCCCUCACCCCUAUAUAGCCAGAGCUCUCCCAGGGAGAUCCACAGGGAGAUUCGGCCAGGUCGGCUUGAGGCCUGGACCCUCAGCCCUCAACUCAAUGUGUUCACCAGCUCAGGGGGAGCUCUUCGGACAUAUUCUAGCACUGCAAGCUUCACCUCAACUGGGACCCCCGAGCUUGGGACUGGGAAGGGAGGUCCAGCAGAGACAGCUAGCGGGAGUGAGGCCAGGGAGAAAGAGAACCCUGGAGAGCAGACCCUUUUGGCUAACCAGAUCCCUACUGUAGUGAGCCACAGAGAGCUGAGAUUUGCUAGUUCUUCAGGAGGGCCCUGGAUGAGAGGCGCCUUGGUCUCUGCUGCCCCCACCACCAGACUGAGCUACUUCCUCCUGUCGGAUGGGAACCCCACCACCCCCAGGCAGGAAAUUAGCCAGGACCAAAUGAGGAUCACCUUAGACAGGGCAGGACAAGGCACUCAGAAUCUUGCUGUGGGGAGCCACAGUACAUCGCAGGCCCCUUGGGUGACUACUGCUCAGUCAGUUCCAGACGCUUUCACUACCGCCCUCAAUCCAAAGGGCCCUUCUCCCUCUUCAAGGGCUGAAGCCUUCCCGCUUCCCAGGCUCAGCUCCUCCAGACCACUCCACUCUUCCAGAGCCACCCGGGGACCCACCUACUCUCCAGGUUCCACAUCCCAGCCUGGCCCUACCCCCUCCCAGCACCUUUCUUCACCCCCUUCCCAGAAGCCCUCACUGGAACCCCCGGUGAGGGCCUGGACAGAGGCACGCUGGUCCCGCCAGAUCAGUCCGUGGCGGCCUCUACUAGGCUCUGGGCCUGAGAGGGCUUUCCCAGCAACUUCUUCCCUGCAGCCCAUUCUCUCCAGCUCUGAAUUGCCACCUGCUCCUCCCCACACCAGUACAGUGGCCUUGGUGUCUCCUGGCCAGGAACUCGAUCCAGGGACAGAGACGAUGGAAGGUGAACCCAUCUCCCCCCAGCGAAUGAGAGGGGCCGUGGAGCCUCCAAGCCCCCCAAAUGCCACUACUUCUCCAAGCACUUCUGCCCCAAACUUAGCCACCCUUGCCCCAGAGAGUCCAGGAACCAGGCUGCCAGCCGAGACACGGCCCGGGCCCCGACGGGAUCAGAGCCGCCCGCCUCAGCCACCGGCCCGCUCCCCCGCCCCCUCGACUACUUCCCGCCGCGGCCUCAUUAAAGUCACCACCCAGCGCGGCCCGAGACCCCCGGCCCCGGCCGCGUCCUCCCCGAGCCCGGGCUGCGAGGCGGGGAGGGAGGGCUGCGGCGCCCCUCCGGCCGACGAGACGCUGCUGCGCUGGGGGCCGCUGCGGCGCCGGCUGAGCUUCGCCUGGGAGCUGCACGUGUACGGGGCCGGGGCGCUCUUCCUGCUCCUGGCCCUGGUGGCCCUGCUGAGCCUCUUCGGCGCGGCCGCCCUGCGCGUGCCCGCGCGGCGCCACGUGCUGGCGGCCGACGCCCUGCUGCUGGGGGCCGGCCUGCUACGCGCCCUCUUCCUCCUGGUCGACCCCUACGGGGCGCGGGACCGGCUCGGGGCCCGGGUGCGAGCGGCGCUCUACAACCUGCCCUUCCCGCUGCUGGUCACGGCGUUCGGCAUCCUGGUGCUGGUCGGGCUCCGCGGGGCCGGGCCGCGGGCGCCGCUGCCUCCGCGCUGGCGGAGGCCGUCCCUGCUGGGCGCGCUGGGCGCCGCGCACGUGACGGCCCUGCUGGCCGUCGACCUGCUCUCGCCCCUGCUCCGCCCGCCCGUCCACUUGGUCGUGCACGGGCUCUCGUGCGCCUGGGCCGCCGGCCUGGCGCUGGGCGCCCUCCUCUUCCACCUUCGCGGGUUACACCUGGGGGCCGCCCUGUGGCUGUACCCUCCGCUGGGGCCCGCGGGCCGCUUCUCCUGGCCCUGGUGGGUCGUGCAGUUCUGGCUGCGCCUGGUGGAGCUGGCCUGGGCUUGCACCCUGAGCUUCGUGGCCGCGCGGGCCUCCUGCCAGGGGGGCGGCCGCGCCGACCACACGUGCUGGACCAAGCUGCUGCGCUACGCCUGCCCUCCGGGCAAGAGCGAGGUGCCCGAGUACCCCAACAACUGCUAUGACCGGGCGGGCGGGGCGGGCGCCGAGCGCGCCGGCACCGACGUCGGCAAGAGCCUCCUCCGCAACGCGGCCGAGAGUGGCCCUCCGCGGGCCCCCGGGGACAGCGGCGAGCCGCGGGCCGGCCGGCUCUUCUCCAGCCCCGCCGGCUCGGGCCUCAGCCCCAAGUACCCGACCGUGGCCCCGGGCCGCUCUCAUAGCAGCGUGUGCCUGGAGAAGACGUCGGGGCUGUCGCUCAGCGAGCUUGACCUGCGCCCGCCGUCGCCCAUCAACCUGAGCCGGAGCAUAGACGAGGCGCUGUUCCGCGAGCACCUCGUCCGGGACAGCGUGUUCCUGUGCUCCAGCCUGCAGUUCCCGGGCCGCCUGGCGCGCCGGGACUCGCGCUCCUCGUUGCAGGAGGGCUCGGCCGCCUCGCCCGCGGGCGCCCCGCCGCUCGCCCCGCCGCGCCUGCGGCAGAGACGCUGCAGCGACCCCGACCGCCCGGGCGGCCUGGGCGGCCCGGCCCGCUGCAGCUCCCUGGCCGACGUGCGGGGCCCGGCGCCGCCUCCCGACGCCACCGCCUCCGGCAGCUCCCUGGACAGCUUCUCCAAGGGCUCGCUGAAGAUCAGCUGGAACCCCUGGCGCCAUGGGCUGUCGUCGCUGGAGAGCCUGCCUUUGGACGAGCUGCCCAGCACCGUGCAGCUGUUGCCCGCCGAACGCGAGCCCACCGCCGUGCCCGGCCCCGGGGAGACCGGAGACCCGGACCGCGAAGCCCGGCGGAGCUUUCUGGCGCUCAGCAAGCAGGUGGACUCGCGCAGUGACUCCAGCGAGACCAUCGAACUGUGACGGAGCGGGGCCUGGGUGGGUGGGGGCAACGAUGAUGGGCGCCGGCCGCCCCCACUACCCUGCAGCCUGGGUAGCCGUGCUCGAAAGCACCGGCAGACAGCGGGGGCCCGCCGCCCAGAGGGUGGGUCCGGCCUAACGUGCGACGCCGCCACCCGCUCCCCUCGCCCAGCAAUUUUUUCUUUUUUACGUACAUCUAUUUUUUUCAACUCUGGUUUUGCACAGGGGCCGAGGCUUUCCAGAAAGGGUUU